AUGAUCAUUCGUGUUCAGUCUGAAGAUGGAACAAAGCGCAUUAAUGUAUCUGAGUCAGAUACCGUAAUAAAACUCUUUGAACUUGCUGCUGAUGCUUUUAAGUUAGACCUGAAUUCAGACUGGUUGCUCUCCAAGUCCCGAAACUCUACCGAUGCAUUGAGGCGCAGCACGCGAGGCCAUAUCAAAUCAACAAAAUUAAAAAACGGGGACAUGCUCUAUGUUAUCAAGCAGUCCAGUUCUUCACAGACACGGACAACUGAUCAGGAGCUUCAGCCAAACUCGACGCCGACACAGGGUAUUACAACGGUCGCCAUUAAAGAAGAUGAAGUCGAUUCAAUUAUUGACGCAAUGGAUGGCCGGAUAACGCGUCCAAAAAGUCAUUUAUGCCACCACUCGGAUUCCGGUAUCUGCGUUCACUGUGUUCCUUUAGAGCCUUCUGAUCCUGACUACCUGAGUCUUUGUGAUCCGCCAGUGAAGUUUAUGUCCUUUCACGCCUACCUUCGUAAGCUGAGAGGUGGUCAGAGCAAAGGAAAGUUUGUCCGGCUGGAGAACUUGAAUUGCACCGUUCGCAGUGACUGUCCCGAUCACCCACCAUGGCCGAACGGCAUCUGCACAAAAUGCCAACCGAAACCCGUCACCCUGGACGUCCAGCCCUACCGCCACGUGGAUUACGUGCAAUUUGAGAAUGCUGAGAUGAUGGAGACCUUCUUGGACUACUGGAGGCAGACGGGAAAACAGAGGAUUGGCGUGCUCCUGGGGCAGUACGCGCCAUUCGACACGCCCGGCGCCCCUCCGCUCGCCAUCAAAGCCGUCGUCUCGGCCAUUUACGAGCCCGCCCAGGAAGGCACAAGUCGCUCGGUGAAGUUAACUUGUCCCCUGGACGAGAUGCUGCCACCCGCUGUUAAGGCCACGGCUGCGGCGCUGGAUCUGAAGGCUGUCGGCUGGAUUUUCACCGAUCUCACCGCCGAGGGCAGCGAAAGCAAGGGAACCGUGAGGCAUUAUCGCGGCGACAUGGAAACCUUCUUCAUGAGUGCCCAGGAGUGCAUUACUGCAGCGCGCCUUCAGAACCUCCAUCCCAAUCCGUCGCGUGACAGUCCAGAUGGUCACUUUGGCUCCAAGUUUGUCACGGUUGUCGUGACUGGCGGCAAAAACCAUGAAAUCCACUUUGAGGCCUACCAGGUCUCCAAUGUCGCCAUGGCUCUCGAAUCUGCUGGCAUCCUCGUCCCCACCUACGAUGCACCGGAGUUGGGCUACAUCCGCGAAUCCACCAAGGACCAGUUCGUUCCUGACGUCUUCUACUCCUCGAAGGACAAGUACGGCAACACGGUGACAAAGAUCGGUCGUCCUCUACCCGUGGAAUACCUCCUCGUCGAUAUGCCAGCCGCCUUCCCCGUUGAACAGACCUUCACGUUCGCCGAGCAGUCCAUCUACCGCGUCUCGCCACACGACAAGUUUCCGGUGGAGAACCGCGAGGAUCUUGGACAAAAACAGAGCAUCGAAGCGUUUUCGCGUCAUUUUGCUGCGUUCGGCCGCGAGCGCGUCUACGGUUGCCUGUCGAACUUCCACGUUCUCGCGUGGCUAGCCGGACAAGUGAAUGACCUCCCUCUUGACCAGGAGAGCUUCGACAGUCUUCUGGAGACCCUGCGCACGGGGAAACAGGUCGACGAGUGGGCUGCCAACUGCCCGGGUUGGGCCAGUCUUGAACUAAUCGUCAAAACGAUGGCUGGAGCCGGCAGCCCGCCCAGUUCGCCAAUGGAAACGGGUAACGAGAAGUCAAGAGGAUCCAAGGAGCACUCCACUGGCAGGAGCAGCAGCGGUUUGCCUCGUCCGCCCUCGUUCCGCGAUGUUGUCAUCGGUCCCUCGCCUUCUGUGUCUUCGGAGCCAGGGCAAUACUGGGCGUGCCAGCACUGCACCCUCCACAACCGCCUUGACCAGAGUGAAUGCGAGAUGUGCGGCCUGCCUCGAUCAGCGUAG